CAAACGGUUGUUAUUUCUUUUUCUCUCUCCCACUGUGUCAUGGUUGGCGGAUCUCGCUCCUAAAGUUGCUCUGUGAUCAAGCUUUCUAUUGACCCACUCUUCAUCUCUCUCUCUCUCUCACGAAUCAAUCCCCUCUUCCCACUAUCUUCGCUUUUUCCGAACGUGCUUUAUUGCUGGAGCGUCAACACCCUGCUCCUUCAAUCCCACCUUUUCUUUGUCGCUUGCAGGUUCUUCCAACAGACUUUUACUCUUUCUGAUAAUCAAUCAAUCAGCUUUACUCGUGUUUUUCUCAAUUGGGUUCCUUUGAAUCUCGCAUUUUAUGUCAGUUCUCGAACUGGGUUGGUUUUCUUUGUUGCAUAUAUUGUGUAUAUUUUCGUCAAUAUCGAAUUUAAUUUUCUAAAUUGUGAUUGGUUUGUUGGUAGAUUUUGGAAUUUCAAGUCUUUUUGUGAAUACCAAUGUGUAUGUAGUAGAAAAGGUUUAGAUCUUAAUUUCUUGUGGAAUCUUUUUAGCAUUUGAUUGUCUUGUGCAAAACCCAGAUACCAUCCUUUUGGGUUUUCAACAAUUACUCACUGGUUCAAAGUUUCAAACAAGUUGUUAGUGAAUGGUACUUUGAUGAUGGACUGUUCAAGUUUUUCACAUUGACAGUUCGGUUAUUGUAAUCUGAGUAAUCUGAAUUUGAUUGAUCUUGUGUGAAUUUUACAUGGAGUUCUUACCUGUUGAAGUAAUUGGGAACAUAUUGUCUCGUCUUGGAGCUGCCCGAGACGUGGUGAUUGCUUCUGCAACGUGUAGGAAAUGGCGAGAAGCUUCGCGCAAGCACCUUCAAACACUUUCAUUCAGUUCCGAUGAUUGGCCUGUUUAUCGCGAUCUCAGUAGAAGUCGGCUUGAAAUCUUGAUUACACAGACUAUAUUUCAAACAACAGGAUUACAAGGCCUAUAUAUAUUUAUGGAUGAUGUUGAUGAGUUCUCGGCUUCCACAGUUAUUGCUUGGCUCAUGUAUACUAGGGAAACUUUACGCCAAUUGAUUUAUAAUGUCCGGACUACUCCAAAUGUCAACAUUCUUGACAUAUGUGGGCGGCAAAAACUCGAAAUAUUGGUUUUGGCUCAUAAUUCAAUCACGGGGGUUGAACCCAAUUACCAGAGAUUCCCUUGCUUGAAAUCCCUUUCUUUGAGUUAUGUCAGUAUCUCAGCGUUGGACCUGAAUUUGUUGCUCGUUGCUUGUCCAAAUAUUGAGUAUUUGGCACUUGUCAAUCCUGAAAUAGCAAUGUCUGAUGCUCAGGUUACCGUAGACCUGAAUAGUCUAACCUUAAAGAGUAUAUAUGUCGAAGCAAUAAGUUUGGACAAGUUCAUAUUGGAGGCUGAUAGUCUCGAGUCUUUGCAUUUGAAAGAUUGUGCCCUCGAACUUUUUGAACUUGUUGGAAAGGGGACUUUGAAGCAUUUCAAGAUUGAUGAUGUUAGUGUUAUACAACUUGACAUUGGUGAGGCAGUUGAAAAUCUUGAGAAUGUAGAUGUCAGCAAUUUUACCAUUGUGUGGUCAAAGUUCUAUCAGAUGAUAUCCAAGUCGUCCAAAUUGAGAAGGCUUCGGCUUUGGGAUGUUGUUUUCGAUGAUGAGGAUGAAAUUGUUGAUUUGGAGACAAUUGCUCUUUGUUUCCCACAGUUAAGCCAUCUCGCAUUGAGUUAUGACUUAAGAGAUGGAUUGCUUCACUAUGGUUUGCAAGGCUCGUCUCAUUUGGAGAAUGUGAUUGUAUUGGAGCUUGGAUGGACAGUAGUUAACGACCUCUUCACGCAUUGGGUUUCGGGUCUGCUUAAACGAUGCCCAAAUCUUAAGAAAUUAGUCAUUCAUGGGAUUAUUUCAGAGGCCAAAACACAUGAAGAAUGCCAAAUGUUGGCCAACUUUACUUCAUCCAUUGUGCAGCUCAUGAGGAAAUAUAUGCAUGUAGGUGUGCAAUUUGAAUAUGAAUAAAGAUUCUGGAAAAUGCCUGGGUGGAAUUAUGAAAUUCAAAAUUUUCUUUAGUGUCAAUUGUGCAAGCACUUAGGCAGGUAAUGUUUGCUGCAUGUGGAGCCUGAGCUUUGUGUUUUGUUCUAUAUGGUAUCUGCAAUUUCUGUGUUUAUAUUGGUAAUAUCACAUAAGAAAAUGAUUCAUUUCAAUUUUUUAUUA